GGGACGUUGCUAUUCUUCCGAUGUGUUAUGGAAUGUUCGGUCCAUAUGAACUCCGAGGCUUAGCGAGUCAGGGAGGUCUUUUUGUCCGGCGGACCUUUAUUCAAUCGUCAAGUUCUAUCAGCACCUUAUUUAAAGCCAGGAGUAUAUCACUGAAUCUAAGAACCGCAGUUCUUUCUUCAUAUGAUUGCAUUAUUCCUUGUAAUCGCAUCGCUCCUCGUAGGCUCUCUGCUUCAUCGAUGGUUCAGACGACCGUCAGUCAAGCACGUCAAGGGACCACCGUCGGCCUCUUUCUGGCUAGGUCACGAACGGGUUCUCCGCAAUCAAGAUAAUUCUGGUUAUCUUGAAACGAAAUGGCGUAGAGAAUACGGCACAAUUUAUCGUGUUGGGGGUUGUUUUGGGCAAGACGUCCUGGUAGUAUGCGACCCCAAGGCUUUGGAGCACAUUUUCCACCAGCCACGACCUUAUCCAAAAUCGAAGGACACCAUCUUCAUUCAGAAGCUCUUCCUUGGCAAUGGUAUUGUCACUGUCGCUGAUGAAACUCACCACCGCCAACGCAAGAUCCUGAAUCCGGCAUUCUCUCUUACGCAGCUCCGAAAAUACGAGGUUAUCUUUCAAGAAUGCUCUGACAAGCUUGUGAACGGGAUCAAGAAAACUGUGACCAGUGGUGCAGGUGAAACCGUCAAUAUCCAUGACUGGACAAGCAAGGUUACCCUAGACAUAAUUGGGUUAGCCUCGUUCCGGUAUGAUUUUGGUUCGCUCAAUAGUCAAACAACGGAGCUAGGGCGAGCGAUGAAGCAUCUUUUCACUGACUCGCAAUCCAAUACAACGGCACUAGAACUUAUUCUCAUAGCUCUGAUACGAAUGCUUCCAGAUUGGGUCCUAGGACUUCUACAGCUGAUCUCGACUCGAGAGAUUCGCUCAAUUGCCAGCGUAGGAAACGUCUCCAAGAAAACUAGCAGAGAGAUCAUGGCUAGCCGCAACGAGGUACAGACGCCAGGUGACGAUAAAGAUAUUGUUGAUCUCCUAGCAAGAGCUCGCUCAGCAGGAAAAAUGCAAGAUGACGAAAUCGAGGCGCAGUUGAUGACCUUCGUCAUUGCUGGGCACGAGACGUCGGGCAAUAGUAUAGCCUGGUUGCUUUACGAACUCGCUAUGCAUCCUGAGCAUCAAUCCAUAAUUCGCGCAGAGCUCAAACAAUCCGGGUCAAAUGAUUACGACUCUAUGCCGUUCUUGAACGCAGCUAUCAAAGAGGCUCUCCGUCUACACCCACUUUCACACUCCAUGCUACGUACCGCUCCUCAUAAUGAUGUCCUCCCUCUCUCAGGAGGGAAAACGCUUGCCAUACCCAAGGGACAGACGUUCAUUUGUUCUGCUUACCUAUACAACCGUCUUCCAUCUCUCUGGGGAGAUGACGCGGAAGAGUGGAACCCUGGUCGGUUUCUUGACAAGACUCUGCCGGUCUCGCUUGGUGUGUACGCUAAUCUGAUGACAUUUAGUGCUGGAUCUCGUUCAUGCAUCGGGUGGAGAUUUGCCGUCAUGGAAAUCCAAACAGUUCUAGCUAAUCUGAUUCUGCACUUCGAAUUCAGUUUGCCUGAAGGAGGGGUCGAGGUCCUACAUUUCCCCGGGACACCGGCGGUCGUACCCUAUGUGAAGGGAAAGGCACAUUUAGGCUCCCAGCUACCUUUAAGGGUGAGGGUUUUACACUAGUGAAUGAUAGCCGCUUCAGAGGGCCCGGUACUAUUAGUGUGUACUAGUCUGAGCAUGUUUCAAAUCCCGACAUCACCCACUGUUUUAUUGGCAAGGAUUCGUCGCAUCUUGUAGGAUUACAUAUGAUCUUCC